AAACAGCAGGACAUCAGCUGAUGAGUUUCUCCCCCGCCCUCUGCCCCCUUAUAUAAUCGUCUGAGUGCCCACUUUCGGUGAACUGAGAUUUCUGAACUGUUCAGCCCACACCCAGCUUUUCACAGCAGCACAGAAACAGAUCGCCGUCAUGAGUGAGGUCAACAAGGAGUCUCUGGAAGAAAUCCUUCCUCAACUUAAGUGCCAUUUCACCUGGAAUUUAUUCAAGGAAGGAAGCAUCUCAAGUCAUAUGGAAGACAGGGUGUGUAACCAGAUCGAAAAUUUAAACUCUGAGCACAAAGCAACAAUGUAUGACUUACUGGCCUAUAUAAAGCACCUAGAUGGUGAGAACGAGGCCGCCCUGGAAUGCUUAGGGCAAGCUGAAGAUUUACGGAAGUCAGAGCGCAGUGAUCAAGCAGAGAUUAAAUGUCUGGUCACCUGGGGGAACUAUGCUUGGAUCUACUACCGCAUGGGCCAGCUCUCAGAAGCUCAGGCUUACGCUGACAAGGUGAGACAAGUUUGCCAAAAGUUUGCAAAUCCUUACAGCAUGGAAUGCCCGGAACUUGACUGUGAGGAAGGAUGGACACGCCUAAAGUGUGGAAGAAAUGAACGGGCUAAGAUGUGCUUCGAAAAGGCUCUAGAAGAGAAGCCUGAGGAUCCAGAGUGCACGGCUGGAAUGGCCAUUGCCAUGUACCGCCUACAAGAAAAACCGGAGAAGCAGUUCUCUGUGGAUGCUCUGAAACAGGCCAUGGAGUUGAAUUCUCAGAACCAGUACGAGAAGGUUCUCCUGGCUCUGAAACUGCAGAAGAUGGGGGAAGAAGCUGAAGCAGAGCGAUUGGUUGAAGAUGCCUUGGAAAAGGGUCCUAAUCAAACAGACGUCCUCCAAAAGGCAGCUCAGUUCUACAGGAAAAAGGGUAACCUAGACAGAGCUAUUGAAUUCCUUGGAAAAGCACUGAGAUCCACAGCAAACAACAGUCCCCUCUACAGCUUGGUCAUGUGCCGUUACAGGGAAAAACUGAAGCAACUGCAGAAUACAGGAGAGGCUGACAACAGUGAGAGAAGACAGACUGUGGAAGAACUGAGAAGCUUAACUAUGGAGUACAUGAAUAAGGCUCUUCAGAGGAGGCCAAGUCCUCUGAACUCCUACUCAGACCUCAUCGAUUUCCCGGAAGUAGAGAAAUGCUAUCAGAUGGUCUUCAGCGAGGAGAGCCCUCGCGCUGAGGACCAAGAACUCUUUGAGCGCUACUGCAACCUCCAGGAGUGUCACAGGAAGUCUGAAGGCCUCAAAGCCCUGAAGGAUCUCAUGCAGUUUCCCAGACAUGAAAAAUCCACCGAGAAGGAAGAAGUUAAACAGCAAACGCAGAACGGAGAUCUUAACCUGCAGUAGGAAUUUUUGCUGGAUUGUUGGCAUUUCCAGGGAAUAAAUGAGAAGCUGGAUGGGUGAGGGGUGUGGGAGGCAACACGAUUUGGGGCGCAGGCAGCCUAUUCCUGACAUCCUAUGAGCCUGAUAACAACCGGAAGUGUGUCAGCGUGCAGACACUCAGCCCUGCGCUGAGAGAGAUGUGCUAUGAAGUGGUGCAUACAGAGAGGAAAGGGCUGGAAAAGCAGGAGCCUUCCUGUCAAGGAUCGAGGACAAGCAGCUCCUGACUGUUUCUUUAAAAACCUGCUUUCUCUCCCUGACUCCUCUGCUCAUCCUAACUAUAGAAUUUUCCACUCAGUAGAUCUUAUUACUAAUCAUGUAGGGAAAUGGGGCUUAAGGCUUAAAGUGCACCUUUUGAUCACAAUUUUUCUCUGCAAUAUAUGGCAACUGCCAACAAAAUUUAGUCUGGUAUCUUCAUUCCAUUUCACUGUAGUCACUUAAACCUGAAGGAUUCACUUUUGCCCAACCCUAGAAUAUUCUGUGCAUAUCAUCCUUAUAUUCUACCGUGUGUGUGUGUGUGUGUGUGUGUGUGUGUAUCCCUAACAGUGAUCCUGCAGUAUGCCAAAUUGAAAUUGUAGAAUAAAUCUAAAAGUUUCAACUAAAA